AUGGCAACUUAUCAACCUUAUACUGAAUAUUCAUCCGUCACUGGAGGUGGUUUCGAAACCAAUGAUGUAGUAGGACAGUCAGGUGAUGUAUCCGAUAGAAGCAACACGAAUACUCUUCGUCCGGUUACCGUGAAACAAAUUCUGGAAUCUACACAAGAAAUUCAAGAUGGACCUUUCGUAUCUUACAAUCAAGAAUUACACCAUGUUUGUUUUGUCGGUGUUAUUAGAAAUAUCACUGAUCAUACAUCUAAUAUAUACUUGACGGUGGAAGAUGGUACUGGACAAAUUGAGGUAAGGAAAUGGAGUGAAGAUGCAAAUGAUAUGGCCUCAGGUCCUGGAGAUGAUAGUGACCCAACUAAAGAUUCUAGUUCACAAGUAGCACAACAAUAUCAAAUUGGCACAUAUGUCAAGAUAUUUGGUGCUUUAAAAGAAUUUGGUGGGAAGAAAAAUAUACAAUACGCUGUCAUUAAGAAUAUUGAAAGUUUUAACGAAGUACUAACACAUCAUUUGGAGGUUAUUAAAUGGCAUGCAAUUGCAAAUGGUAAAUUACCUGAUCCAUCUACUGGCGGGUCAUCAUCCCAAGUACAAGAAGGUCAACAACAAAGUACUUCCGGUCAAUCUUUAUUUGUUAGUGAGAAUGAUUCGUCAUCAUCUCGUUCUCCUUCAGAUAGAAUCUUAGAAUUUUGCAAGAAACAAUGUGAAGGCAAAGAUGCAAAUACGUUUGCUGUCCCAAUUCCGUUAAUUUCCCAAUCCUUAAAUAUAGAUGAAAAUACAACAAGAAAUUGUUGCGCAACUUUGACUGAACAGGGGUUCAUAUAUCCAACUUUCGAUGACAAUCAUUUCUUUGCCAUCUAA